AUGGAAACAAAGAUGAAUGCUGAUCCAUGGGCAAAUCUAAGGUUCCAACUCUGGAGUGUAAGCAGUGAACCGCCAAAAAACACACCAUUAGUAGAGUAUGGGAAAGCAAACGAUAAGAGAUUCACCAUUAGAGUUGUACAUGGCGGGUUUUUUACAGACUAUCCAGAACACCGAAUGGCAACAGUUGAUGAUGGAAUAGCAUACAUCAGGCAUAUGCUAAACAUGACCAUUCCAAGAGAAAAAAUGGAAGAUGCAAUAGACAUGGCGAAGGAGAAUGUGAUAGCAUGGAAAAACGUAGUGUAG